AUGAGCAAACGACCAAAUUUCCUGGUCAUUGUGGCCGAUGAUCUUGGUUUCUCCGAUGUUGGUGCCUUCGGCAGCGAGAUCAGUACGCCGAAUCUGGACAGUCUGGCGCACGAUGGGCUGCGGUUCACGGACUUCCACUCCGCAGCAGCCUGUUCGCCGACGCGCUCCAUGCUACUGAGUGGCACAGAUAACCAUAUCGCUGGAGUUGGUGCUAUGAUCGAGUCAAUCCGGGAAUUUCAACGCGAUCAACCAGGCUAUGAGGGUUACCUCAACGAUCGAGUUGCAGCAUUGCCUGAAUUACUGCGAGAUGCGGGCUAUCACACUAUCAUGGCGGGUAAAUGGCAUCUUGGACUUUCGCAGGACCAUUGGCCCUAUAAUCGUGGUUUCGACCGCUCCUUUAGUCUUCUUCCCGGAGCAGGUAAUCACUACGGGUGGGAACCGCAGCUACCUGCCAGUCAAAACCCCCCUGGAGUCUUGGGAAAGACGCAAAUCUUCUAUGUCGAGGAUGACAAGCAUAUCAGCCCCACCGAACUCGGUCAAGACUUCUUCUCCUCAAAUUCGUUCACCUCCAAAUUGCUCCAAUAUCUCGGCGAGAGGGACGACCACACUAAAGAGCAGCCAUUCUUUGCAUAUCUGCCGUUCUCAGCUCCGCACUGGCCGUUACAGGCCCCGGAAAGCGACCGCUUGGACUACCGUGGUCGUUACGAUGAGGGCCCAGACGUCCUUCGUCAAAAACGCCUGGCACGACUUCGAGAGCUCGGCCUCAUACCAAAACACGCUAGAGCUCACGAUGUCAUCACACCUCCUGUGACUACUCCGCUAUCGCGCGACUGGGCGACUCUUUCUGAUGAUGAGCGCGCGUUCUCUUCUCGAACCAUGGAGACAUAUGCCGCAAUGGUACAGAACAUGGAUGCAAACAUUGGCCGCGUACUCGACUAUCUGCGGUCCACUCAUGAGCUUGACAACACUCUUGUGUUGUUCAUGUCGGACAACGGCGCCGAGGGCCUGUUGAUGGAAGCAUACCCAGUCAUCCAGGGUGACAUCUUCGCUCACAUCGCUGAGUACUAUGACAAUAGUUUGGAAAACAUUGGAAAUGGCAACAGCUAUGUCUGGUAUGGUCCUCGGUGGGCAUCGGCGGCAACUGCCCCCGCACGGCUGUACAAAGGCUUCAGUUCCGAAGGCGGCAUUCGGGUCCCGCUUAUUCUUCGAUACCCAAAGUUGACUGGCUCGCAACGUGGCGCGAUCGACCAUUCUUUUACCACCGUCAUGGACAUUUGCCCAACGCUCCUGGAACUUGCCGGAACCCAGCAUCCCGGAAAGCAGUAUAAAGGACGCGAGAUCGUCCCAGUCCGCGGAAGGUCGUGGGCCGCGCAUCUAGUCGACCCGAAAACACAUGUAGCAGUCCACGAUGAGACUACGGUCACAGGCUGGGAGUUGUUUGACCGGCAAGCAAUCCGCAAGGGUUUCUGGAAAGCAAUCUUGAUUCCGCCCCCCUAUGGUCCUGGGACGUGGCAGCUCUACGAUCUCAAAGAGGACCCAGGAGAGACGGACGAUCUUGCUGAGCAGAAGCCCGUAAAGCUACAGGAAUUGUUGAAACACUGGGACGAGUACGUGACGGAGGUUGGAGUAGCAGGCGUUGCACCUCAAUACGGGGUGCUUAAGGUCGAUGCGUGA